AUGCAAGUCUGGAACUCGGGAAACAAACUCGGCACAACGUACCUCAUCCCACCAAUACCCACAAACAAUUAUCAGGACUUAGUUGUGCAGACGGUGACGGAGCGAGGCCCGUUCAGAAUCAUCAUCGUCAACGGUGUUCAGCAGCAAAACAACGUGAACGUCGGAGGAUUAAAGACGCAAGAAGUUUCCCUCCAGUCAGGCCAGGUUGCUCAGAUCUGGUUGAAUGAGAGUGCAGGGUUUAAAAACGUGACAGCUGAAAAGCCAGUGGCCGUCCUCUUUGGCCACCCCUGCGCCGUCCAGCGCUACUGCAGCUGCGGGCUGCUGUACGCCAUUCUGCCGCCAGCCCCAGGCAGGACGCUGAAGUACUUAGUUCCUCCAUUUCUGGCCCAGGAUGCCGCGGGAGAGACGAUGGUACUUUUGGCACAGAACGAUUCCACCAGCGUCACGCCCUACGCCUCAAGCUCACCGACGUAUGAUGUAGCCGGCACAGCCAUCCUCUACCGGCCGGGAUUACUUCUCCCUCUGAUCCCAACAGCAAACUUUGCCUGCUGCUUUGUGGUCACAGCAUUAUCCACGAUCUCCAAGAACUACGCCGUGAUCGUGGUCAGCAGUAACGUCACCGACGGGGUUCGUGUUGGAAAUAACCACAUAUCAAGUGCAGACUGGACGAAACUGGAGGGGACUAAUUACAGCUCGAUACAAGUUCCUCUGAGUUUGGGUAAAACUGUCAUCUGGCACACUUCCUCCAAAAUGGCCGUCUACUUUAGCGGGAACAAUGGAAGCACUUUGUUUGGGAACCAGGCACCUGUCGUCAGUUCAAGCCCAGAUUUCAGGGGCUGCGCCGUGACCCCCGAGGUUCUAGACUUGGAAGAACAACCCAGCGACUGGCGUGAAUCUUUUAAAGCCUGCGCUGAUCGCAAACUAGAGCUGCUCUGCCUGUCAAGCGCCGACCUCCAGAAACAGAUCUAUGGCAAACUUUACCAGAACAGGUCUUUAACUAACAACACUGUACAAGAGGUGUGGAUCGGCAUGCGGCGCAGCUCGCUGAACGGGGAGUGGUUCUGGGUGAACGGGGACAGCGUCAACAGCACCACCUGGGGUGACGGCGAGCCCGGUGGGGUGGAGGAAGGCCAGUGCACCAUCAUGAGUCUGGGAAACGGCACGGGCUUUGAGUGGAGCGACGACGACUGCUGCAUGGAUGCUCAUUAUAUCUGCUACAAGGAGCCGGAGCUCUUCCCCAUAUAGGACAGGAGCUCUGCAGCUCUGCACUGUCAUUAGUUUCACUACACAUCCUGUUCACGUAUAAGCAUGCUGUAGCUGCCAGUCACAUUUUAUGGCUCUGUAGAAGAAAAACAUGUACUCUAGUUUAGUCUGAGGGUCUCACGCUCUGCUUGGUGAGACACCUGAACAGCAACCAGCAGCAUCUUAGUCCUGAAAACCGAAGCAAAUGUGUAACUAAGCAUUUAAGAAAGUUUCACUUUGCAGAGGAUGUUCCUGCUGAUCUGACUGGGAAAUGUUACGAUCGUUGGGAACCAGUAUGCAGCAUCACUGGUUUCCUGUUUGAUUGUAAUCUGAGGAGAGUGAGCUGUUAUUUGUCACUAUUUAAAGUGUUUGAGCUUCGUGUGUUUGUAAUAAUCGGCUCUGCAGAAGCUUCAGCAGAGUGAUGCUAACUCGUAUUUACUGUUUGCUCUUAGAUUACGGUUUCUGGGAUAAACGAUCAGCUGCUGAUAGAAUACUUUUCUAUAAUAACUGAAGAUGUA